CUUGACAAUGGUAUGACUUUGAGUCGAUGUUCUGGCAACCUUCGAAACUCCAGUGCCUUUAAAGUGACGAAAUUACUUACAUUGAGUACCCCCGGGAGUGAAAACAUCUGUCAAAGUCCAAUUCCACAUUCACUACCAAGCAAGGAUGACAACAGUUCCAAAGCCGUGAUGAUUACUAUAGCUGUGGUAGCUUCCUGUCUGGUCGUGUUCCUGAUCCUCUUCGGUGUCCUGGUCGUCAUAAUGAAGAGAAAGAGAAAGGGAGUUCUACAAUUCCGGCUAGCCCUCAUGACUGAUAAUGAUGAUGAUGAGUUGAUCAAUAACAUGGAAGCUAGAAAGGAGGACCUGAUCAGCUUCAAUACUGACGCAGAUGCAACUUUUGAUAACAAAACUUACUGAAAUUGCCACAAUCUAUAAAUUGUAAAUUCUAGACCUGUAUCUACAAAACUGUUCUCAUGCUCAAGCUUAAAUUCUGUGCCCAAACCAACUUGUUUGUAAAGUGUAAACAUUGAAAAUAAUAGUAUUCGGAUUUUAGUCUCUCCAAAAUUCUUUAACAAAAUGUGAUUUUUAUCAUGAUUUAUCGCAGAAAAAAAGAAAUUAGGCUUGCAUGAGCACAGAAUCCAAGUU